GGUUGAUGUGAUGUGAUAGCUUUCUCAUCAUUCAAUAUCUCAUAUAAACGAACUAAACGCCGCGGUUUCCAAAUAUAAGACAGAGGGAAACUUGCUGUUGCUGUUCAAUAAUACUGGUGACAAUCACUUGGGUCGGUGAACAGCCCUCUUAAUAGCUGACAGGAGUGUCUGUCUGCAUCUGCAUCCUCGGUGAAUUCCUCCACCGGGUCGCCGCCAAGGCAGGAGACCAGCCGCUUGUCUCAACGUUGUGAGGUACCACCGGCGACACCAUGAGCCAGAGGUUUACAGUGACCGCCUUUUCCAAGAGCGACGUGUCAGACAUCCAGGGCGAGGUGAACCAACUGUUCGAGGGAGAUGAACCCACGCCGAGCUAUUCAAAUAAAGAGGUGUCUUUCAAUACCGAGGUGGUGGUCGUUCAAGGUGAUGGGAACCCCAAGGAGAGCAGCCCUUUUAUCAACAGUAGUGAUGCCACAGAGAAGAGCCUGCAAUACGAUGGCAAACAUAUGGCUCUGUUUGAGGAGGAGAUGGAGACCAGUCCCAUGGUGUCGUCUAUGCUCAGUAGUCUGGCCAACUACUCCAACCUCCCCCAGGGCAGCAAGGAGCACGAGGAGGAGGCCGACAAUGAGGACGAAGACAAAAAGAAGAAGAAACCUGUCAAGGCUCCAGCGCUGGGGACCCUGAUGGGAGUGUACCUCCCCUGCAUCCAGAACAUCUUCGGGGUGAUCCUGUUCCUGCGGAUGACCUGGAUGGUCGGCAUCGGAGGAGUCAUUGGCUCCUUCAUCAUCGUCUUCAUGUGCUGUUCCACUACCAUGCUGACUGCAAUCUCGAUGAGUGCCAUCGCUACCAAUGGAGUAGUGCCAGCUGGAGGAUCCUACUAUAUGAUCUCCCGUUCUCUGGGGCCUGAGUUUGGGGGUGCUGUGGGCAUUUGUUUCUACCUUGGGACAACGUUCGCUGGGGCCAUGUACAUUCUGGGGUCCAUCGAACUCUUACUGAUCUACAUCCUCCCCCAGGCGGCCAUUUUUAAGAUGGAGGGUCUGGAGGGGGCCGAGGCAGAGGCGGCCAUGCUGAACAACAUGCGUGUGUACGGCACCAUUGUGCUCAGUUUCAUGGCCACGGUGGUGUUCGUGGGGGUCAAGUACGUCAACAAGCUGGCCCUGCUUUUUCUGGCCUGCGUCAUACUCUCCAUCCUGGCCGUGUAUGCCGGAGUCAUCAAGACAGCCAUCGAACCGCCUGACUUCCCAGUCUGUAUGCUGGGGAAUCGCCCGCUGAUCUCCAAAGGGUUUGAUGUGUGCGCCAAAACACUGGAGAGUGGCAACGGCACAGUCACCACCAAGCUGUGGAAGAUCUUCUGCGAUACUCCCUUCCUCAACGCCACCUGUGACGAGUACUUUGCCAACAACAACGUGUCCUUCAUCCAAGGCAUCCCUGGGGUCAUGAGCGGCAUCCUCAAAGAGAACCUAUUUGGGAAUUACCUGGAGAAGGGCGAUCUGGUGACCAAGAUUGGGGUUGCGACCGUGGAGGGCCCCGAUGAAACUCUGACCAACUCUAACCGCUACGUCCUGGCCGACAUCACCAGCUUCUUCACCCUUCUGGUCGGCAUCUACUUCCCCUCCGUCACAGGGAUCAUGGCUGGAUCCAACCGGUCUGGAGACCUGCGUGACGCACAAAAGUCCAUCCCCAUCGGCACUAUCAUGGCCAUCACCACUACCUCAAUAGUGUACAUGUCCGCUGUGGUCCUGUUCGGUGCCUGUAUCGAUGGAGUGGUACUAAGGGACAAGUUUGGAGAGGGAGUCAAUGGCAACCUGGUCAUUGGCACCUUGGCCUGGCCAUCCCCGUGGGUGAUUGUAAUUGGCUCAUUCUUCUCCACCUGUGGGGCGGGGCUUCAGAGCUUGACGGGCGCCCCGCGUCUCAUGCAGGCCAUCUCCAGGGACGGUGUCGUGCCCAUCCUACGGGUGUUUGGCCAUGGGAAGGCCAACGGGGAGCCCACCUGGGCCCUGCUUCUGACCGCCUGUAUCUGUGAGAUCGGGAUCCUCAUCGCCUCCUUGGAUGCAGUGGCCCCCAUCCUCUCCAUGUUCUUUUUGAUGUGCUACAUGUUUGUGAACCUGGCCUGUGCCUUGCAAACCCUCCUGAGGACGCCUAACUGGAGGCCACGCUUCAAGUUCUAUCACUGGGCCCUGUCCUUCCUGGGCAUGAGUCUGUGUCUAUCACUCAUGUUCAUCUGUUCCUGGUUCUACGCCAUCGUUGCCAUGGUGAUCGCUGGCAGUAUCUACAAGUAUAUCGAGUUCCACGGGGCGGAGAAAGAGUGGGGUGAUGGGAUACGAGGCAUUUCUCUCAGCGCCGCCCGAUAUGCUCUGAUGAGGCUGGACGAGGGGCCGGCGCACACCAAAAACUGGAGGCCUCAGCUGCUGGUGUUGGUCAGUACGGAUGUGGAGCAGAAUGUGGAGCAGCCUCGCCUGCUCUCGCUGACCAACCAGCUGAAAGCGGGCAAAGGGCUGACCAUCGUGGGCACUGCCUUGGCAGGCACCUACCUGGAGAACCACCCCCAGGCCCAGCGAGCAGAGCAGUCUCUGCGUAAGCUGAUGGAGACAGAGAAGGUGAAGGGCUUCUGCCAGGUCACCAUCUCAUCCAACAUGCGCGACGCCACCUCCCAUCUGCUCCAGGCCAGUGGACUGGGCGGUCUCAUGCACAACACGGUCCUGGUCAGCUGGCCGCGCAACUGGAAGCAGGCUGACGACCACCAGACCUGGAGGGACUUCAUCGAGCUGGUUCGGGAGACCACAGCCGCCCACCUGGCCCUGCUGGUGCCCAAGAACAUCGCUGCCUUCCCGUCCAAUGGAGAGCGCUUCUCAGAGGGCCACAUUGAUGUGUGGUGGAUUGUCCAUGAUGGAGGCAUGCUGAUGCUGCUGCCUUUCCUUCUGCGCCAGCACAAGGUGUGGAGGAAGUGCAGGAUGCGCAUCUUCACCGUGGCCCAGAUGGACGACAACAGCAUCCAGAUGAAGAAAGACCUGACCACCUUCCUGUACCACCUGCGUAUCGAUGCCGAGGUUGAAGUGGUGGAAAUGCACGACAGCGACAUCUCAGCCUACACCUAUGAGAAGACCCUGGUGAUGGAACAGCGAUCGCAGAUCCUAAAACAGAUCAACCUGACCAAGACCGAGCGAGAGAGAGAGAUCCAGAGCAUCACAGACUCAUCCCGCGGAUCCAUCCGGCGCAAGAACCCGGCGGCUGCGACCACCCAGCUGAGUGUGACCGAGGAACAGCCCGGUGCGAGCAGCAAGGAGGAGGAGAAACCCGAGGAGGAGGUCCAGCUCAUCCAUGACAGCACCACCCCGGCCAGUCCCGCCACCCCGGCUACCCCCCUGACCCCGGCCAACGAGGGGGGUGCCCAGACCCCAGGGUCGGCCCAGGUCCAGAUGACCUGGACGGAAAAGGCUGAUGGUGAGCCGGCCAAGCCGCCUGGCGCCUCCACCCCGGAGGGCAUCAAAGACAUCUUCAACAUGAAGCCUGAGUGGGAAAACCUAAACCAGUCCAAUGUGAGACGCAUGCACACAGCACUGAGGCUGAACGGUGUCAUCGUGAAGAAAUCCUCAGAGGCCAAGCUGGUGCUCCUUAACAUGCCCGGGCCACCCAAAAACCGAGCGGGCGACGAGAACUACAUGGAGUUCCUGGAGGUCCUGACUGAAGGUCUCAACAGGGUUCUCCUGGUUCGCGGUGGCGGUCGCGAGGUCAUCACCAUCUACUCUUGAGAGCAGCCCCCC